AUGAGGAAAAGGGCUUUUCAGUUCCUCGGAGACCUGUUUUAUGAUCGACAUAGUGGAUGGUUUAUCUUGGGCAAGUCGUUGUGCUUUAAUGUCAUCCAUGAAAUUGGCAAGGACAAGCCAUGAGUUGUGGAGAUUAAAGAUGAUCAGGAAACCUGGCUGGCCCCAUCAGUGGAGCAUAGACUCUUGACCUUGGGGUUUGUGGCUUGAGCCCCAUGUUGGGUGUAGAGAUUACUUAAAAUCUUUUUUUAAAAAUAGAGGUUAAUAUCAGGAACAUGUUGUCAUAUGACAUGUAAUAGCCAUAAUAAGUACUAUCUGCUGUUGUGAAGGAUUAACCAUAUGAAACUUUUUUGUAUUGUCUUGCUUUGUUUUCACAUAAAAUUUACCUGUUACCUUAAUAGUGGUUUGAGCAUUUUCUGUGACGUAUUUUUCAGGUAAACCAGGAAGCUUUAAUCACCUUUUCCAAAGUCCUUAACCUAAUUUCCUUAAUUUAGACUUGGAGCACUCUAAACUUCGGCAGUUUACAUUUAGGAAACCUCACAUUUUUAUUAUUUACCUUGUUUUCAGAAGGCAGUUUUCUGACUUUAUCCAAUUUCAGUCCUAUGGCUGUUGGAUGUUUUGUUCUUAAGUUUUGACUUAAUUUUAAUUGCAAAAUUAAUAUAUACUUGGGAAUAUAAGGUAUGUUUCCUUUAGAGCUCACUGGCUAAGGUAGCUGCCGUUAACAGUAUCUGUCACUGCCCAGAAUUAUUUGAUCAUAAAACCUAUUCUUCCCAAUAAGCUGUUAGUCCUUACCGUGAGUGGUGUUCUGCAGUUUGCUUUUACUAAGAUCUGCUAUUUUAAAUGGCUGACUAGUAUACUCCUGAGUGGAUAUAUAGUAAGCAUACUUGUUCAGUAUCCUCAUUGUUCUAUUUAAUCCCUUGGCUUGUGUAGCAGGAAUGAAAAAUGCUAUUUUUAAUGUUCAAUAUCAAACGAUAAGAAAGUUUUUUUUACAUGGUUUGGUACCUACUAAUUACCAAUUUACACAUUAAAUUUUGAACUUUUUGAGGCAAUGACCACAUCUUGAAUAAGAUGGAUGGAUCUAUGUAUGUUUAACACCAGGUUUCCAUUUGCCAAAAGGAUGAGUUGAUGCAAUUGUGUAAUUGAUCUAGGUCCUCAAUAGCUUGUUUAGAUUUGCUUGGCUAGGUUACAGCAACCCUACAGAUGGGCCCUCAGUAUAGUACUUAAGUGAUUAGCCUUUUAUACUUGAAUAGAAAGGAGUCAAAAAUUGAGAGAUCUAAAAAGGUUAAGGUGGCAGAUUGCACCUUUGACCCCAUGGAAGAAGCCAGGAACACUAGUUUCUUGUGUAUCCUUCUGGAGAUGUAAAUCUAAAAGAACUGGUAUUUCCCGGGUAGUCUCAUCAGAGCUCAUUGGAAUUUUGCAAAAGCAGGUGGUACUGAGUAUUACAGCUCAGACACUAGGAAACUUAGUAAUUAAGUUUUUAUUUACUGUUGACACUCGUUUAUACCCAUUUUCAAUAUCAUUUCUGAGGAAAUCAUGGAAUUAACAUGAAGAUUUAUUAACAGAGGCAGGCUUUAAAUCCUGGUUCAGUUCCUAACAGCCCUAAAGCGUUAAAGAAAAACAAAAAACAAUGUCAGAUAAUUCCUCCUAGUGAAAAGCACUCAGAUUAAGGAAGGCUCAGAGAGUAGAGAACGAAUAGACUUUUUAAGUAAUAAUUUUGAUAAACAGAAAAAUCUUGUACAAAAAACUGUAUACCCUUUUCCCAUCACUAAUUAUACUUUGUUUCAUUUACAAAAAUUUUUUUCCUGAAUCAUGAAAAUAAAUUAGAGACAUAUUGCUGUUUUUUCCUUAAAAACUAAUUCCUAGGAAUGGGACAUUCUCUGUUAAACUACAGUGCCUACCAAAAAUAACAUCAAUGAAGUACUGUUGUCUAAUCCAUGCUCCAUAGAUCUGUCUCAUUAGUUGACCACUAAUAAUUCUUUGUCUUUUUUUUCUAUUGGUUCAGGAUCAUUUGCCACGUUUUGUUGUCAUGGCUUUUCAGUCUCCUUUAAUCUGGACCACGUCCUCAGCCUUUUUCUUGGCCUUGUCAUUUUUGAAAAGUAGAGGACAGUUAUUUGUAGAAUUGCCCUCAAUUUGGGUUUGUCUGCUGUCUGCUUAUUGCGUUUUUAGCAGGAAUAUCACAAGAAUGAGAUUAUCUUCAGCUCAUCAUGUCCAGUCACCUUGUAAUAACCUGUAAGGCAGUACUUCCUGUGAAUAGACUGUCUUAUAAAUAAAGUUAAGAAAAGGGGUUUUUGUUUUUAGGAAGAGAAGGAGCUAAUAUUCAAGUUUAAGAGCUGCUGAAGGGGAGAGCUUGGAUAGCAUCAGAGAGUACACCAUUACCACUGAAAGCUGGAGUGUGGUUCUCCUAGCCCAGGGCCAAAAAGGGAGCAGGAGGCUACUUUAAAUAGAGGAGAGAUUAAUAGAUUCCAUAGAAAAUAAGCUAUGUUCUCUUGUGUAAAACCAUGCCCUCUAGUAUUGUUGUGGGGGUAAAUGCUGUUAUCAAAACAUUGGCACAGUCACUCCAUGGACUAAAAUAUUGUGUAGUCAAACCCUAAUACUUUCUUUCCUAGCCAAUUGAGGAAAAGGUAGGCAAAGCACAGUUGCUGAUUAUGGUGCCCAAGUAUCUGAUUAAGUGACCACUGCUACUUUUUAGCUAUUCGUGAACAGCCUUGAGUAUACUAUUUAAAUAUAUUGCUGUUACUUUGAUUUUAUGAGCUUGCAAGCACCAGUUAGAGAAUAGUAUGGUGAACCAACUCCUGAAUACUUAAUUCAGCUUUAACAAUGUAUGUCUGUCCAUUUCCUCCAGAUAAUUUUGAAGGAAAUCCUAGAUACUCCAGCUGAAGACCGUUCACUAUAUACGACUAAAGACCUAAGUCUCUUUGUUCUCUUGUCCCUUGCAGUAUAUUUUUUGAAGGCCACUAUUGAGUAGUUUUUCAGUCUUGAUUUUGCUGAUUCCAUGCUAAUGAUAUUUAGCAUGUUCUAGACUAGAUCUAAGAACAAUACGAUGGGUCUCAAAGUGUGCCUGGCCCAGUAACAUCAGCAUCAUAUGGGAAUUUGUUAAAAACAGAGUUUCUCAAGCCCCACCCUAGAAUCAGAAACUAAGUGGAGUCCAGCCAUAGGUGUUACAAUAAGCCUUCCAAGUGAUUCUGGUGCUUAUUCAAACUUGAGACCCAUUAUUCUAGAGGUUUUACCAGAUUCUGUUUUGUUUUCCUUCCCAAAACUACUUGGGUAUCUUUUUGUCAUUGGCAGCCAUUGAUGAUCUUUUCCUGAAUCUAUUAUUAAACCCACAAACCAUGAUUUUACACGCCUUUUUUUUUUUUUUUUUUUUUUUUAAUCCAUUGGAGUUCUCCUUAUUGAUGUUGCCUUGUUCUGUCUUUGGUUCAUGAAAGUCAACUCAGGUUGCCUCAUGAGUUCAUUUGAAGCAACCCUAAUAAUCUUUAUCAGUUUCUUUUCUUUCUAAUAUGAUGAGAUUUCCAGGCUCCUCUCUCUAAUCUCAGAUCUGGAGGCAGCCAUUUCUCCAGUGAGCUCUGGUUAUCUUUAUUUGGAAAUGGUAUUUUGUGAGUAUAGUCUGGACUUUUGGGUGUUCAUUGCUACUAGCUGGAUCUUUCUCAGGCCCCACAGAUCAUAGUACUGUCUGCUCUUGGGAAGGUCUUCUGCAGGCUAAACAUCCACUCAGCCCUUUUCAGUUCAUCAGUUUUGAAUUUGGUUUGUCAGUAUCCUUACAGAAUGGGUCCCACUAGUAGCAACAGCACUCUAGGUUUGCUUUAACCUCCUCAGAGCAAAGCAAGUAGUAUGUGGACUCCCUGCCUUAAUAGAUGUUCAGCUGAAUUCUGGGCCAGUUCUGGCAAAAGAGUUAGGAAACUUUAGUAUUCCUGCAGAAUCUCUUCACCUUCAGAGAAGGGUUUAAAGUAAAUAAUGUGUCCUCUUGUUCUGGGUGAUAGGAGUAGAGGGAGAAGGAAAUUCAGAGCCUAAAUUUCAGUGUGAUUGUAGCAUACACAGCAGCAUUCUAAUUGGGAUGCACAAAUAAGAUCUUAAAUUACAGCUUGUAUCCACCUUUGCUAUAGAUGACAUUCCGUUGCGGACCCAGCAGGAACUCAAGCCUGGAUAGCUGUGGCUGUGAUGAUAGUAAGAUGAUCAGUAUGAUACCCGAGUCAUAAUAGUCUAAACUCACAUUCAGUAAAUACUUCUUAAAGGCCUUGCCAGAUUCUUUUAUAGGUUUGUGUGUGUAUGUGUGUGUGUGUGUGUGUAUAUCCCCAUCCUCCCUUAAUGAGCAGAGUACCUGCUGUCCUUUGAUUUUGACCAGUGGAAUUUUGGUAGGCAUGACAUGUUUAGUAGACUAGAUACUGCCCUGCCCUUCCCCAAAGAUGCCUGUCUUCUAACCCUGUAACUUGUGAAUAUGUUACCUAACAUGGUAAAAGGAACUUUGUAGGUGUGACUAAAUUAAGGUCUGGAAAUGGGAAGCUUAUCCUGGAUUAUCCAAGCGGGCUCAGUGUAAUCACAAUAGGCUGGAAGGUAAAAGGACCAGAAAAAGCUGAUGCGAAAACAAGCAAAAUCAGACACCAGAAGAUGCUACGCUGUUGCUUUGAAAACAGAAGGAACCUCAAGACAAGAAAACAGUUCUCUAAAGCCUCUGGAGGGAGCACAGCCCUGCCCACAGCUUAACCUUGUGAAGGUCCUCUCCAGGCUAAACAUCCCCUCAAUCCAUUUGGACUAAUGAAACCCAUUUUGGACUUCAGAGCUCCACAACUGCAAGGUAAUAAAUUUUUGUUUUAAUAAGUCACCAAAUUUAUGGUAAUUAGUUACUGUAGCUACAGGAAACAUACAACAUGACUAAAGGCUUAAAUGCUUACACAAAUGGACUUGGUCUUUUGCAUCUCUACCAUCACUAUGAGAAUAAUAUCCCUCUGUCAGCCUGCUGGUCCUAGGAUAUGAGACAGGUGUCAGGGGGUAAGGGAAGGUGCCUGUUAGCCUCAAGCCUACAGCUUGAGACCGCCCAGCCUAAAUCCACCAACCUGUGUACGAAGAAGAAAAACUUAGGGGGUUAGUAAUUUCAUUUUGCCUGAACAAAUAGACACUUUCCAUUUGGCCCUCCCACACCACCACGCCUCCAUUCUCUGUUCUGAGCCCCAGGAAGUUAAUCUCUAUUGGCUCCGUCCACAUACUCUUUUGCCCUCUGAUUUCUGAUUAGGUUCAGCCAUUAGGGAAAAGCAGUAGGAAAGGAGAGAGAGCGAAAAGAUUGAGAUUGAAACACCUAUUUCCACAGCCUCCUCUCUGUAGGGUUCAGGCUGGUGGUAGUCCUCAUCUGAAGGGCAUAGUGUGCUACAUAUGGCCCUCUUGUUCUGAGUCCUGGUAACCACAGUCUCCCCUCUUUCCUAGCCCCAAUGGUUUUACUCUAACAAUUGUGAUUUUCCAACAACCUGCCCAUCCCUUUAAAAAUAGAUCCUUUGUUAAAUUGUCUUCAGAUUUACUCAGUUGGAGUGUGUGCCAUGUUUCUUAACAGAUAACAAAUAUUUCGUAUUUCAAUAAAGUAUAAAACCUUACACUAACUUGAUGAUGUUGCUAAAUAAAACAAAGUUGAAAGGUUGACUUUUUUCAUUUCCUGUCCAAAGCCAGGGAGAGGUUCUUGAGUUAAUAAGUACACCAAGGAACUUUAUUUUUGCCUCUCAGUAGAUAAGCUUUUCUAAGGGAGAUGCCCACCUACUCUGCCACCCCCAUACCUGGCCAACACUGUCCAAGUAGCUGGUUUGUACCAGAAAGCCAAUGUGUUCCUUGAGUGGAAGAAGGGAGAUUGGAAGGUAAGUUCCAACCUCAUCCAAACAGCUGAUUGUGGGAUAGGACGUGCUAUGGACUGAAUGUUUAUAUCUCCCCCACAUUCAUGUAGAAACAUCCCCAAUGUGAUGAUAUUUGGAGGUAUGGAUUCUGGGAGGUGAUUAGGUCAUGAAGGUGGCGCCCUCAUGAUUAGAAUUAGCACCCAUAUAAAAGAUCCCUUGCUCCUCCUGCUGUGUGAGGACAGAGCAGGGAGAUGACUGUUGGUGAAGCCAGGAAGCAGGCCUUCACUAGACAUGAAAUCUGCCAGUGCCUUGAUCUUGGAUUUUCUAGCCUCCAGAACUGUGAGAAAUAAGCUUUUUUUGUAAGUCACCUAGUAUAGUCUGUGGUGUUCUGUCAUAGCCUAAAUGGAGGUAUCUGAUAAAUGACAUCAGAAGAUGCCCUGGAGCAGAUAGAGUCAGAGUAAAGCAAAAUAAUGGCGUGUAUAGACUUCGGUUCUUGGUCCACCUUUCCUAAGUGGUGUUUGUCCCCUUGACAAGGUAAAUUCCUUGGGGAGAAAAAUCCUUGGUACUGGGAAAUAAAACCCCUUGAGACCCAGUGAGACCCAAUUUGGGCUUUGAUCAUUUGUGUUGUUUUAAGCCACCAGUUUGUUCCUUGAUAGAAAAUGAAUAUGGCUUGGUUAGCUGAUUCUUUUUUUGUUGGGUUCCUCAGGGUCAUCAUAAGACAAAUUGUUGAGAACAAGGUUCAGAUAUUUACAGCGUGAGGGUAAAGGAAAUGAAAUAGCUGAAGCUCUGGGCUUCACUGAAACAAGUUUUUUCCUAGCGGUUACAAAUAGAAGCUUCAGUUCCCAAACCCAAAUAUAAAUUUUGUCAACGUCUGAAGUUUUGGGUAAUAAAAACCCAUGCUCUGGUGGAAGCAGGACCUGAAGCUAAUCAUAUUUGGAAACUUGUGUCUCCCCUGCCUUUCCCACUAUGGAGCCCACAAUUACAUUGUCUGGAGAUGUGGUCUUUUCAUGCGUUUUUCAGUACCUCCUCCUGGUAUCACCUGGACCUAAGAUCCCAUCUCCUGCCACGAAGUGUGUGAUGAAACCCCAGUCCUUAGCAGCUGGUCCCUGUCUAUCCAAUAACAGCCUCCAGGACAAGAAGGACACCAGGCCACCCCUUCCUUAUUGCUCUGUUUCCCUCUUGUUUCUGACUCCUGUUCGUUCCCCUUAUUGCAAAUUCGACCAUGAAUUCACUCUUCUUCCUCCUUUGCUGGUUUCCUUUUUUUCUUGUAAUAUUUUACCUAGGAUUUUGGCAUGUUUAUGCUAGAAAGGGCUUCCUGUUAGUAAAAUCUGUCAGAACCAGAGAUGUUUGCACACUUACAUAAAGGGCAUGUUUUGAUGAUUUUCCUAAAACACAGUGACUGCACCAAGAGGGAACUAAAUUUUGUAGGAACAGAAAGUUGUUGGCUGCUCACAACAGUUUUCUCCAUGCUUCUACUAUCAACAUUUCAAUCAAAUUUGGGUCCACUGGGGUGGAAGGUUAACUUGGAGAAGACCUUGGGGCUAUUAACAUAUAGAAGGGGGGCGUCACUUGAGGGAAAGAUUGGACUAGCUCACUUGCUUUUGAGGGCAUUCUGGCGUAGCACAACAAACGCUGGCUCUGUGAGAGAACCUUCCCCAAAUCACAUCAACUUGGGAGGAGCUCUGCAUCCCCGAAGGUGUUCAAGCAAGCAAGACCACCAAAAGUAUCUGGACCAACCAAAUACUGGUAAUGGGCAGAAUAAUGUCUUAGCAACUCCUGUUCGUUCCUGCAUCCUGCUGGCUCAGAUUCCACUUGUCUGUCUGAAUCACUGUCUGAAAGAUGCAUUUGUAAUUGAGAAGCCAUGUGUUUGUGUAGUUCCACCACUUUCUUGUAAUCUGAAUACCUAAAAUAAACCUUUUGGAAAAUCUAGAACAAGCAGUCUGGGUAGAGAUGAGAGAAAAAAAGAGCGGAUGGUUGUGUGUGUAUUGGUGUGUAUAAAGAGACUUACAUUGUUAUGGCAACCAGCAUCCUCAACUGAUGCAGUUCUGUUCCCAAUAAUAUGAGAUGUGAUUAAAAAUUGACAUUGCAGCAAGGAAGAACACAUGUAAUGCGUUGGCGUGGCAACCAGAAUAAAGUCUGGUUUAUUUAAACCAGGUUUAAAUCUGAUGAUCACAAUUUGGGGAUUUGCCUACAAUUAAUUAGGAAUCUUUUUCUCAUUGGGACCAAGUCAGGAGGCUGGAGGUCUGACUGUGGUCAUGAUCUUAGUAGGCCAAAUGGACAGCAGUGCCCUUUUUCUGUAAAAUGAGGGAUUAGGUUAAAUCCUUUGGUAUGGGAGAGGAGCCCCCGGCUCUAGGCUGGACCAAGAGUUGCCCUGUUUUCAUCUGCAUGCAGUAUGUUAUUACAUCCACUUUCCAGUUAGAUCAAGGGAACUGAAGCACAGGGAAGCAGUGACUUGCUCAAGGUAACACCAAAACAGGAACUAUAUGCCAUGAAGUAGGUUAGUCUUUACAAAUGGAGAAAUUAGUGCCAGGAUUAAAUGAUGUCCUCCAGGUCACACUAGCAGCCGUGGCAACAGGGUCAUCCAAACGCAGGUUUGGUCAGUGCCGCCCUUUACGCCAGGCAGGGUCAGAAUUGGAACCCACGCCCCCCUAGGCCUCUUCCUCUGGUCGCACGCCCCUUCAUCCAUUGUGAGGCUGUUGUCUGAGGCUCCUUGGCUCCCCUUCUCCAGGUUGGGGGGUGGGGCGGUGCGGUAGGAGGGCGUUGGACACCGCAGCGCCCUAGCCGGGAUGCGUGCGGGAGUGCAACCCCGUCUUUUGUCACUGGCCACUCCGCUAGGGCCCAGCAGGUCGCUCUCCGGCUCGGCGGGUCCCGCGCCCCCUGCACGCCGUUGGCCGAGAUGCGGAGGGUGGGGGGGCAGGAUGAAUCUCCACCGAGAAGGCGUGGGGAGAGGCCACUAGGCCCACGCGGCCGGGCCCGCGCCCCCUGCUCCCACUCGGCGCUCGCCCCGCGUCCUGCAGGGAGGCGGGCCCGCCCCUUCUGCGCGCAGGCGCGCGCCGCGUGGGGCUCGGACGGCGGCUCGGCACCGGGCGGCCACGGGCGGGCCUCGCAGCUUGUAGGCCUACCAGGAUGGAGGGGAAUGCCGAAAUGGAGAUGCUGAGGACACUGAAGGGGCCCUCCACAGGAGAGGUCAACGUGCACCUGGUGGCCAGAGACAGCUCAGGUUCUGGCUCUCACCUGCCCACUACUGCCUUCAUCAUCCCAGCCAGCUCGGCCACCCUUGGCCUGCCCAGCAGUGCCCUAGACGUGUCCUGUUUUCCGCGGGAACCGAUCCAUGUGGGCGCUCCGGAGCGAGUGGCGGGCAGUGUACCUGUCACGGCCACCGUUCUGCCGCAGUUAAGCGCCGGGCCUGUGGCCAGCUCCAGCGCCACCACAGUGCGGCUCCUGGAGUGGACGGAGGCCGCGGCCCCGCCUCCUGGGAGCGGCCUGCGGUUCCGGAUAAGCGAGUACGCACCGCUGAACAUGGUAGGAGCAGAGCAGCCCCCGAGCCCAGAGCUGCGGCCAGAAGGUGUGGCCGAGUAUGAAGAUGGCGAGGCCCCGGCGGGAGGUGGCGAUGCGGGCACCCAACAGCCCGCGGACCUCCCCCAGGACCCUCCAGAAGAUCCCCCGCAGGACCCCCCAGAAGAUGAUGGGAAUUGUCAGUGCCAGGAGUGUGGACCUCAGCAAAGCGCAGGUCCGGAUCCUGGUUCUUCCAAUGAUGACUGCCCACCGCUGUUCCAAGAGCGGUCAGUCAUAGUGGAGAACUCCGGCCAGAGCUCCAGCACCAGCGCUUCUGAACUCCUCAAACCCAUGAAGAAGAGGAAGCGCAGGGAAUACCACAGCCCAUCAGAGGAGGAGUCGGAACCAGAGGCCUUGGAGAAGCAAGAAGAAGGAAAGGAUCCAGAGGGACAGCCCGCUGCUAGCACCCCGGAAAGUGAGGAGUGGAACAGCAGCCAGCCUGCAUCAGGGGAGAAGAAGGAAGGCUGGUCGUGGGAGCCCUACCUGGAGGAGCAGAAGGCUGUCACCGCCCCUGUCAGCCUCUUCCAGGACUACCAGGCGGUCACUCAUAAUAAGAAUGGCUUCAGACUGGGCAUGAAGUUGGAAGGCAUCGACCCUCAACACCCGUCCAUGUACUUCAUCCUCACAGUGGCUGAGGUGUGUGGCUACCGCCUACGUCUACACUUCGAUGGGUAUUCCGAGUGCCAUGACUUCUGGAUCAAUGCCAACUCCCCUGACAUUCAUCCCGCUGGCUGGUUUGAGAAGACUGGGCACAAACUGCAGCCCCCCAAAGGUUACAAGGAGGAGGAGUUCAGCUGGAGCCAGUACCUGCGCAGCACAAGAGCUCAGGCCGCCCCCAAGCACCUGUUUGUGAACCAGAGCCAUAGUCCCCCACCCCUGGGCUUCCAGGUGGGCAUGAAGCUGGAAGCUGUUGACCGCAUGAACCCGUCCCUUGUCUGUGUGGCCAGUGUGACCGACGUGGUGGACAGCCGCUUCCUGGUGCACUUUGACAACUGGGAUGAUACUUACGACUACUGGUGUGAUCCCAGCAGCCCCUACAUCCACCCGGUGGGCUGGUGCCAGAAGCAAGGAAAGCCCCUCACCCCUCCACAAGACUACCCAGACCCUGACAGCUUCUGUUGGGAGAAAUAUCUGGAAGAAACCGGGACCUCUGCUGUGCCUACCUGGGCCUUCAAGGUGCGACCCCCACACAGCUUCCUGGUCAACAUGAAGCUGGAGGCCGUGGACCGCAGGAACCCAGCCCUGAUUCGUGUGGCCAGCGUGGAGGAUGUGGAGGACCAUCGGAUAAAGCUCCACUUUGAUGGCUGGAGUCACGCCUAUGACUUCUGGAUUGACGCCGACCAUCCUGACAUCCACCCUGCAGGCUGGUGCUCCAAGACAGGGCAUCCUCUGCAGCCUCCUCUCCGACCCAGAGAGCCCAGCUCUGCCUCCCCUGGGGGCUGUCCCCCUCUCAGCUAUCGGAGCCUGCCACACACCAGGACCUCCAAGUACAACUUUCACCACCGGAAGUGCCCCACUCCUGGUUGUGAUGGUUCUGGUCACGUCACAGGCAAGUUCACAGCUCACCAUUGCCUCUCAGGCUGCCCACUGGCUGAGAGGAACCAGAAUCGGCUGAAGGCGGAGCUGUCCGACACAGAGGCCUCGGCCCGUAAGAGGAACCUCUCAGGCUUCUCCCUAAGGAAGAAGCCUCGCCAUCAUGGCCGGAUUGGACGCCCUCCAAAGUAUCGGAAGAUCCCGCAAGAAGAUUUCCCAACACUGGCUCCCGACGCCAUGCACCAGUCCCUCUUCACGUCAGCCCUGUCGGCCCGCCCUGACCGCUCGCUGUCGGUGUGCUGGGAGCAGCACUGCAAGCUCCUGCCGGGAGUGGCAGGCAUCUCGGCCUCAGCAGUUGCCAAGUGGACCAUUGACGAGGUCUUCAGCUUCGUUCAGACCCUGACUGGCUGUGAGGACCAGGCACGACUCUUCAAAGAUGAGGCGGACAUUGUGAAGAUCAUGAGCGUCAAGCUGGGCCCAGCCUUGAAGAUCUAUAACGCCAUUCUCAUGUUCAAAAACGCCGAUGACACCUUAAAAAAGAAACCUGGGGCCCCUCUCUGGACUAUGUGUGAACACUGGCCCAAAGGUCCUGUGCCCAGCUCAUGUGAGUGACAGAUUUUUCCCUACGAAUCCCGUGGCCCUUAUCCCCUCUGCCUGUGGAUGAACCUGCAGGUGCUGUGGAUUCAACAGUGAACAAGAAAGGUCUUUGCCUUCACAGAGCCAAUGUUCUAGUUUAAGACGGAAAACAAAGAGUUGAUGAU